AUGGGCGAAUAUCUCGAGAACCGAGAAGUCGGACUUCGACCGUCGAAGGCGCACACGCGUGAUUUAUUUAGUCUAGAAAAGCGAACAUACAUCGUUACCGGUGGUGUUGGUAGUUUGGGACAGGAAGUCACAACCGGGAUCAUGCAAUCUGGUGGAGAUGUCAUCUGUAUCGACUCUGUGGAGAUCCCACCUACGGAAGAAUGGAAAUAUCUGCAACUCCUCGCAAAAGCAUGCAGCGCGAAACUAUGGUAUUAUAAAUGCGAUAUCACAAACAUUGACACUACACGAGCACUAUUCCGGAAGGCUGUUACAGCAGCUCGCUUCCCCUUACGAGGCCUCGUGACCUGCGCCGGGAUAUCUAGCAUCGGUCGAUCCAUUGACUUCUCAAUCGACGAAAUGAGACGUAUAAUCGACGUGAACUUGACGGGUACCUUUAUCUGCGCGCAGUCUGCAGCGCGGGAAAUUUUCGAGCAAGGCUUCCCGGCCAGCAUGGUAUUUAUUGCUAGUAUGAGUGGUCAUGUGGUUAACAAAGGACUUGAAACUGCAGCUUAUAGCUCUUCCAAGGCAGGAGUUCAUCAGCUCACACGGAACUUGGCUUCUGAAUGGGGGAGUCAGAAAGGAUGUCCUCUGAUUCGCGUUAACUCGCUGAGCCCUGGGUAUAUCCGCACACGUAUGACGGAAGACUUGCUGAAGGAUCCGAUGCAAGAGCGUUUGAUGUCUGAAGGUAGUAUGCUUAGCCGUAUCUCUGAGACGGAUGAGUACAGGGGGCCGGUUGUGUUUUUGUUGUCAGAUGCGAGUAGCUAUGUGACUGGUGCGGAUUUGUUGGUAGAUGGAGGGCACACGGGAUGGUAA